AUGAGCAGGAAUCUUCUCUCCCUCUCUCUCUCUCUCUCUCUCUAUCUAUCUAUCUAUCUAUCUAUCUAUCUAUCUAUCUAUCUAUCCACUUUUUACUUUAAAAAAACGCUCACGUCUUAUUUCCCGACCCAAUAUCUAUCUAUCUAUCUAUGUAUCUAUCUAUCUAUCUAUCUGUCUGUCUGUCUUGAACAUACACACAUUCUCCCUCUCUCUCCCUAUCUCUAUUUCUUCCUAUCUCUUUCCUCUCUCUCUCUCUCUCUCUCUCUUUUCUUUAUUCUUUCUCUCCUUCUGUGCAUUCUUUCUAUCGUUUUCUAUAUUUUUUUCUUUUUCUUCCUUUUUUUUCUACGUUUCUGUCUCUUUUUUUCUACCUUUCUUUCUUUUUUCUACCUUUCUGAUUUUCUCUCUUUUUUUUUCAUUCUUUUUCUUUCUUUCAGAUUUUCUUUCAUGUUAAUUCUUCGAUGCCUUUACAUUUUUUUUUCUUUCUUUGGUUUAUUCAUUCUUUUUUUCUUUUUCUCUUACCAUCUUUCUUUCACAUUCUUUCUUUCUUUCUUUUUCGUAUCACUUUUCUUUCUUUCUUUUUCUCGCCACCUUCUUUCUUUCUUUUUUUCUCCUUUAUUUCAAUGCUUAUAUCCACUCUUAGUUACAUUUAAAAACUUUUCUUUCUUUCCUACUUUCUUUCUUUCUUUCUUUUUCUCAUCAUCUUUCUUUCUUUCUUUCUUUUGCUUCAUUCCUUAG